AUGAAUUCUGAGGAAGAAAGCGUGAGCCUUGGCCUUCUCAAGAAGAAAAUGGCGGAGUUCGCCAAGGAGAUGUAUUGGGAUCAGUUUCACAGCCCAAGGAACCUCCUCUUAGCUUUAGUGGGGGAAGUUAGGGAGCUGUCAGAGAUAUUUCAGUGGAGAGGAGAUGUGCUAAAGGAGCUUCCGGACUGGAAAGAGGAGGAGAAGCAGUACUUGAGGAAAGAGGUCUCGGAUGUUCUUCUAUACCUUGUGAGGCUCUCUGAUAUUUGUGGCAUUGAUCUUGGAAAAGCUGCACUUCGCAAGGUUGAUCCCAAUGCCAUCAAGUACCCAGUUUCCAAAACCAAUUUUUAUAGUGAAGGCUCUUAG